AUUUAUUUUACCCAUAACGUUUUUACUAAAUGUUGGGUAUUUGUACACAAAAUGAGAUGAAUUUCGGAUUACAUAGAAUUUCUUUACCUGUCUGUAUAUGUUGAUGAGGAAAUAGGCCAAUGAGAACAAGAAUAUAACGGCUAAAACCCAACGUUUUCUCAAAAUUCUUGAGUUCAGCAUCUCACUGUAAAUAUUUUUAUUGCUCUAUCUGCGCAUGCGCGAAACCAAUUAACUCUUCAAAUGAGAAGAUAGUUCCCAAAAUAAACUUCUCCCGAUCCAAGAACAUCGCAAUUUAUGCGUCAUAUCACGGAAACGUAGCAAGAUCUAACACUAAUUAUUAUUUAGGACAUGGGCCAGGAUGUCUACCACCUGCCCCCUGGAUGAUAUUCCCUAUGACAAACAUUGCUUUAACAUUGACGAUCGCUACACCAACCAUCCACUAUGGAUGACAGAGGAACACUUUCGCUACCAACUCUACAGAGAUGAUGCGGGGCUGCUGCAGUGCAAGAAAUCAAAGAAAGGAGAAUUCAUCAAGUCGCCAAGGCCACUCUUCCAGCUAAGCCUCUACCAGACUGUAACAGACCACAACGCCUUGCACAAGCUAGCCACAUUUCCCAGUAAUGUGUACUCUCAUCUGCUGACAGAGGCUAUUUACCAAAGGGAGGUCUAUGCUAUAAGAUACUUGGUAUCGACAUGGCCCUCCCCAGUGCUCUGUAUUUACGAUCAUCUUCCAUUGGAAGAUUAUCUGGACGACAACUAUCUGACACUCCCCCUGGAGGGACACGACCGAACUAGCAUGCUCGAUGGAUUUAUGCUCGGACUGCUUGAUCUGAAACCUGAAUCGAAACUGAAGUUUGUUGACUUUACAAAGCUAGAUAAAGAUCGCAAAUUGUGUCGUGAGCUCUGCAGACUGCCAAUAUUAUGGACAACCAGGGAAGAUCGUUCCAUCGAAGCAGUCCAUGAGAAGCUCAACUGUAAACUAGAAAUCUCCAAGGACAAAGUGGAGCGUUACUUGAAUAGAAUCUCACUUAUUUAUAGCAAUGUCGACAUGGAGUUCAAGAAAGGAAAUGUUUUCGGUCCUAUAACAAUACUUUUCGAGUGUAAACUCACAAUGGAUGAUGUGCCAAUUGGCUUAGCUCUGUACCCUAAUACACCAUUCAAGUUUGCCUGCAGCAAGGUCUGGAUGGAAAACAUCCCUGAAAUACCACUUACUGCGAAACACCUCACCAAACUGGUGGAUCCAAAGCUCAUCACCCAUCUAGAGGUUGAGGAUAACAAUAUAACCCUCGGUGAGGAUAACCUUCUGGCACUCCUCCAUGGUCUGAAGAAAUUGCCGAAUCUCAUUGCGUUGAGUCUUCCAAUCACAAUAGAUGUCACUGUGCAGCAGGAUCUUGAGGUUGGCAUACAGCUGAAUAAAAUACUGCGUCAUCUCCGCUGGUUACGCAGACUUAAUCUCAGCCAUUGUAACCUUGCGUAUCAACUAUCGGACAUUUUAGGUGGACUACAGCAACCAUUUGAGUAUCUGAACCUCAGAGAUUGUCGUCUCGCUGACCAGGAUUUGUACUUUUUACUCAACUGGUCGCAGUUGAUAUAUCUCCGGGAAUUGAACUUAUCCCGGAAUAAUUUACGGCAGCUUACAAGCAUGUUGUGUCAAAUGCUGCAGCGCAUGUGUUUUCUAACAGUGUUCUCAGUGUCGUAUUGUUCCCUGAAUAAUUCAGAACAGCGCAUGAUAUUAAGGACGGCUAUUGAUAACUGCCCCGGGCUCAAAUGUCUCAGCAUGCAGGGGUUCACCCCUAUCCCGAAAGAAUCUAUAACACUAAUACUCAACGAUGCAUCUAGUCUACGUAGCAUCCAGCGUCUGAAUGUUCUCCCAGAGUUCUAUGCAUUUCCGGGAAAUAAUGAUGAGGAUCGGGAAAGGAAUAAAGCCAACUAUGUCAGGUUCUGUUAUGCGUUGCUGCUACAGAAGAAACGGUUGGAUAUUGAAGUUGAAUAA